AUUUCCAUUUUUAGAGAAAGAGAUUCUUACUGGUGGUAAGGAAAUUGAGGAGCAGUUUGAGGAAGAGUUUAGAACUAAUUUGGUUUGGUUGUAUAAAUACAUGUUUCCACCAAAUGUACCAAACAUUGCAUUCAUUGGUCUAAUCCAAGCUAAUGGUGCCUUGUUUCCCAUCGGGGAACUACAAGCCCGUUAUAUAACUGCACUAAUUAAUGGUAAUGUUCCACCAUUACCAAGUACUGAAGUAAUGAAUAAGGAUGUUCGUAGACAUCUUGCCAAAAUCAAAAAAGUAUUCUAUUUGUCUGGAAGACACACAAUUGAGUGUGAAGCAUUGAUGUAUAGUGAUGACAUUGCAAAACAAUUGGGUUGUAUGCCAACUCAUAUGAAAAUUAUUUGGAAGUUUGGUUUGAAAGUUUGGUGGAAAUGGGUUUUUGGAAUACCUGUUCCAGCUCAAAAAUCAUCUGAUCAUGAUCGUUGUGAACAAGCGUCUACAAAUACUUUAGAAAGUGAAAUUUCACUAAACUCAAAUGAUGUAACUAUGGUAGAAAAAGAAUCAUCAAUAUCAACAACAUCAUCAGCAGCAAAAUUGGAAGUGGAAUCUUCUAAUAAUAGAAUGAAAUUUAUCGAAGCACCUUUGGCUACAGCGGAAGAAAUGAUUGAAAAAAGAAAAUAUCGCAUUACACCAGAGAUGUUGGAAUAUAUUAGACAAGGGUUUAAAUUAUAUGAAGGAACGCAUAAUUAUCAUAAUUUUACAAUAGGUAGAAAUCCUUUAGAAAAAAGUUGUAAUAGAUUUAUUAUAAAUGUCGAGGUUGGAGAACCUAAAAUAAUUAAUGAUACCGAAUGGUUAAGUCUGAAGGUUCAUGGGCAAUCGUUUAUGUUACAUCAAAUACGAAAGAUGUCUGAAGGUUCAUGGGCAAUCGUUUAUGUUACAUCAAAUACGAAAGAUGCUUUAAUAGUUAUGGUUGCAAGAACCAUGACACCACUUUCUUUGAUUCCGAAAACGUUUGGUGCAACUAAAAUCAAUAUUCCUAAAGCGCCUGCAUUAGGUUUAUUGUUGGAAAAUCCCGUAUUCAGUUCAUAUAAUAAGAGAGCAAAAGAUAAUGGUAGAGACUUGAUAGAAUUCCAAGCUUAUAAAGAUAAAAUUGAGGAUACAUUUAAUUUUGAUGAUUAUGAAUAUGAAGAGCAGCGACUAAAAGAGGGAAAGGUGAAGCUGAUUGUGUUAUCGAUAAUCGGCUUAUUAACUAUAACUUAUGGUGCUUGGAACGUUUGGCGUAUGGUGGAAGCAGUAAAAUCUCCAGUGGCAGCUUUAAAAACCUCCACAAGAACUACUAUACCUGGAGAAAGUUGUGAUGAUUAUUUAACGAAUCAUAGAAUGGACGCAUCACAUUUUAAAAAUAUGAAUGGAUUCGAUAACCUUGAUACAUUAUUUUGCUAUAUUUUCAAUCCUUCACAAAAGGUUAAUGGAUCGUACGGCGAAGAUCCUUUAUUGUUUAAUGAGAAAACUCAAAAAGUUAAUUUUGCAUUAUGGUCAAGUGAAAAUGCAAAUAAUACGUUAGGAGCAAUAACAGCCGAUAGAUGGUUUUUCUAUGGAAUAUUUAAUGAACAAGAAGAUCCAACCAAAGUUCGAUUUCAAAUUGUGAAAAUGCCAUCAAUCUCAUAUUUAUAUUAUACAAGAACAGAAAUAUACAAUGGAUUGAGAUCAGAUGCAAUAAUUGGUGGUGUUACUACAAGUAAUGGUGGUACUGCAAUUUCUAAUACCGGCAAAUCAAGCACUUCAAAUUCGUCAAAAAAAUUAGUGGCAAUUAAUUUAGAAACUAAAUUCACAUCAUUUGAUAUAUCCGGAUUCGGUAUUAGUCCAAAUCUAUGGGAAUUAUUUAGAGUAAUACCUGAGUAUUCGGAAAAUAAUGAUGGUUAUCAAGUGAAUUUUUUGUGCAAUCGAAUUGAAUUCACCUUGUUACAAUUAGCCGCUAAUAUGGGUGGGUUUGUUAGUAUUUUGAGUGCCAUCUAUUUUAUAUUAUUUGGAUCUAGAAGAGUCAAUCCUUGGGGAAUUAUGCAACGCUAUGUACUUAAAACUGUACCAAGUUCAUUGCCAGUUUAUUCACAACUAUACUCACAACCUGGUCAAAACAUCUCAUUACAAAAACACCAACAACAAAAUGUUAAUGAUACAAUUGAUACCACAAAGUACAGACAACAAAAUAUCAAUAAUCCUGACAUUUCAUCAAUGAUUCCUCAAAGGGUCGGAACACUUCCAAUUGAUUUACCAAUACGAAAUGUACACAGCUAUCGAGUAUCAGAUUAUAUACCACCAUUGAUGAUAAAAAGACCAACAAAUGAUAACGAUAAGAAUAGCAAAGAACCACUAGAACUAACAAGAGAAACAGAAAAUUUUAGUAUACCACCACCACGAUCUUCAACGUCAUUUUCAUCGCCGUCCCCACUAUUUACAACGACGUCACAACAAACAGAUAAUAUUUUGAAAAAUUUUAAUUUGUCAACGUUUCAAUGUGCACUUGCUCUCAGAACUGAGAUGCAAAUUCAAUGCCUUUGGGUAACAUGGUCAUCCUCAUUUGCAUGGACUGCACAUAGGUUACUGGAUUAA